AAGGGAGAGCCAUGGACGCCGUCACCUCGUCCACGGCCACAGCCACGGCCAUGGAGGAGCUGCCAUGGUGCACGCAGUGCGCCGGGCUAGCGUUCCUCGGCUUCUCCCUCUGCGUGGUGGCGCUCGGCGCGGUGCUCCUGCUGGCGCGCCGGUGGCCCUGGUGCAGCUGCCACGUCUGCCGCUCCUACCUCACCGGCUCCUGGGCGCGGGACUUCACCAACCUCGGCGACUGGUACGCGCACCUGCUCCGCGAGUCGCCGACCGGCACCGUCACCGUCCACGUCCUCGGCUGCACCGUCACCGCCAACCCGGCCAACGUCGAGCACAUGCUCCGCACCCGCUUCGACAACUACCCCAAGGGCAAGCCCUUCGCCGCCGUCCUCGGCGACCUCCUCGGCGGCGGCAUCUUCAACGUCGACGGCGACGCCUGGCGCCACCAGCGCAAGAUGGCCAGCCUCGAGCUCGGCAGCGUCGCCGUCCGCUCCUACGCCUACGGGAUCGUCGCCGGGGAGGUCGAGGCGCGCCUCCUGCCCGUGCUCGCCGACGCCGCAGAUAAUGCCAGGGUCCUCGACCUCCAGGACGUCUUCCGCCGCUUCGCCUUCGACACCAUCUGCAAGAUCUCCUUCGGCCUCGACCCGGGCUGCCUCGAGCUCGACAUGCCCAUGUCCAAGCUCGCCGCCGCCUUCGACGCCGCGUCGCGCCUCUCCGCCAUGCGCGGCGCGGCCUCGUCGCCGCUGGUCUGGAAGGCCAAGCGGAUGCUCAACGUCGGGUCCGAGAGGGAGCUCAGCAAGUCCAUCCGCCUCGUCGACGAGCUCGCGGCGGCAAUGAUAAGGCAGCGCCGGAAGCUGGGCGUCGCAGGCAGCCACGACCUCCUCUCCCGGUUCAUGGCCUCGGAGGCGCACGGCGCCGGCGCCGUGGACGACAAGUACCUCCGCGACAUCGUCGUCAGCUUCCUCCUCGCCGGCCGCGACACGGUGGCCUCCGCGCUCACCACCAUCUUUAUGCUGCUCUCCAAGAACCCCGCGGUGGCGGCCGCCAUGCGCGCGGAGGACGCAGCCAGGGACAACACGACUCCGACGUCGAGAACCACGUACGAGCACCUCAAGUCCCUCAACUACACCCACGCGGUGCUGUACGAGAACAUGCGGCUGUUCCCGCCGGUGCAGUUCGACUCCAAGUUCUGCGCCGCCGCCGACGUGCUCCCGGACGGCACGUACGUGUCCGCAAGCGAGCGCGUCAUGUACCACCCCUACGCCAUGGGACGCAUGCCGCGCAUUUGGGGCGCCGACUACGACAAGUUCCGCCCGGAGCGGUGGCUGACUGGUGCCGGCGGGACGUUCGCGCCGGAGAGCCUGUACAGGUACCCGGUGUUCCAGGCUGGGCUCCGCGUGUGCCUCGGAAAGGAGCUGGCCGUGAUGGAGAUGAAGGCGGUGAGCGUGGCGGUGGUGAGGAUGUUCGACGUCGAGGUUGUCGGGGAAAAUGGCGCCGGCGCCGCCGCGCCCAGGUUCGCGCCUGGGCUGACGGCGUCCAUUAGCGGCGGGCUCCCGGUGAGGGUCAGGCGCGUCUAGUCUAGAGACGGCAUGGUCAGGCGCGUCUAGGAGUAGUAGGUAGACUCUGUUCCUGUACUGUACAUAGGGGAAGUAAGAGCAGAAAUCAAUGGAAACUGAAGUUGUUUCUGGCAAUAAACCAAAAGAAUACAAGUUUCUUCCGUA